UACUACGUGUUCAUGACUUCAUCAGUACCAGUAUUUGAAAAUGAGUUACGAGACUUAAAUGAAAACAAUUUUCGUUUCUUAACUUUCUGUGACUUUCCCUUCUUUCGCUUAGUCUUAAAAGGAGAAAUUGGUGAUAUAUUAUUCAGAACAACCGGUAUUUGAAAAUCAUCGUAUCGCCGUAAUUGUACAAACGUUCUUUACAUCAAAAUCCGCUCGAUUUUCGAACUGGCUCCGUUACCUUUUCCGAAAUGGUCCAAGAACUAAGUCUUGUUUCAGACCCUGUUGUAUUGCAUAUUUGGUCAUGCCUUCACAAUUAUGCCUACAAUGAUGCUUUAUUUGCAGCUGAAAGAUUAUAUGCUGAAACACACAAUAGCGAAAGCCUUUAUAUACUGGCAACCAGUUUGUAUCGAAUCGGCAGGCCGAGACAAGUUAAUAAACUACUCAACUCUGUCAAUUCGUUAUCUCCUAAGAGUCGAUACUUGCUUGCAAAAUGCUACUAUGACAUUGGUUCACUAACGGAGGCUGAAGAUGCUAUACUGUUUUCUGGUCUUUCUUCUUCGUCCCUAGACGAAAUAACCAGUACUUAUGAAGAACAAUCUUGCUACGUUUUGCUACUUCUAGGGGAUAUUUGCAAACAUCAAGGAAGACUUAGUGAUGCUAUUAUUUACUACAAAAAAUGUCUCGAAAUGAAUCCUCUUAUGUGGUCUGCAUUUAAAAACCUCUGUAAUAUCGGUGAAUAUGUUGAGCCUUCCUCUGUUUUCCAGAAUCCUAGCGGCCUUAAACUAACAACACCUGUGUAUGCCGUUAUGCUCGACGAUCUACACAGUAAUCCGUAUGAAAGUGCUUCACGAGAAAAUGUCAACCCUCAAAACUGUGAGUCUUUUACCACUCAGGCUUUAAUGUCGUCAAAAGAUUGUGAAAGUAGUGAUCAGGAAACAUUUGUUGAUACAGAUUGUCUGUACACCAAUCAACGUCAUUUUGUCUCGUUUUGCUCUAGAAGCUUUAUUGGUGAUUUGGUACCUUCUCUCAAACCUGUAGACGUUCAUACCCCAGACAAGGUUAUGCCUUCUGCUUUGUCUCCAAAAGCUCCAAAACCUGUUAACCGAGUUGCACGCAAAUUGGCACAAAAUGUAAACUCGCAGUCCAUGAAACCAAAUGUACCUCGUUUUGGUUUACUUUCUUUUUUUCCUCAAAGUCCCAUGUUCGCUUGUGUUCCCGUAUUUUCAAAAAUUUCUGAGAAUCAAACUACAUCUCCGGAAUCAAUCCUCUCGAAAGCUGUGCAGUUGCCUUCAAGUCAGUGCUUACCAGAGUUACAGUUUACUCUUAACUCAUUUAAUAAUAGCCAAAAUGAUAUAACCUGUUUCCAAAUCCCUCGUCAGCGAAAUGAUACUUCAUGCAACAACAACACAACUAUGGGGACUAAAAGGGCCCCUCAUAUUGAUGAAUCGAAUGGAGACAGAAAUGCUGCAUAUAACGUCAAAAUUAAUACAUCUGUUACCUCUUCAGAGAAAUCUAAUGCUCUAUCCGAUACACCGACCAGUGCUCUACGUCAUCUUGUCUCCACUGCAGCAUCUAAUCUUGGUUUUCUAACGCUUGAGCCAAAUGUUACUUCAACUACCACCUCUCUUGUCAGCACACCAAGUGCCCGUCUUGAGCCACCUCUUUUACGUAGUACUUCUCAACGCAAUUUGUAUCCUACGCCCAGCGCCCGCCACAACCGCGAUUCUCUCUCAGUAUUGAGAUCAAAUUUGCAGUUCUUCAAUCCUGCUUCUCAAAGUCCUGGCAUGUUGACUUCUUCUUCAACACCAAGACCACUUUCGAGUCAACAAACAUCUACGGGGUGUCGAGCUGUCGAGAACACCACUUCUGUAGACAUUUCUACAGGUGGACCUCGGACAAGGUCUCAGGUUGCAGCAGCUGCAGCUGUAGCCAGAGCUUCUGGGAUUCAGAGAAAGUCGAAUAGAUUUUUAAGAAGCCGAGGUCAGAACCGCAAGUUUGAUUCUAAAUUACUACUAUCGGACUCGACGGGAAACUCUGCAAACAUGCAACCUAAAAUAACCAGUUCAGGUGCAUAUCCUGACCCCAGUUCCUUUAAAAGUAUACAUACUUCUACAAAUGAAGAUGCACCAGAUUUCGGAUGCAGCAAUCAUUAUAAUGCACCCUUGUCAAUCGAUGCCCCACCUAUAACAGAUGACCCGAGAAUGCUCUCACUACAACAGUAUUUAAACUUGUUAAGUCAACUUGGCAAAGCUUAUCAGAUGUUGGUGCGACAUCAGUGGCGUUCAGCUACCCGUCUACUUUUAAAACUUCCAAGCUCUCAACUUCAUACUGGUCGUGUUUUGGCGUGGGCAGCUCGUGCUCAUAUGGAUAAUUCAGAUUAUCAAACAGCUCAUAAGUUGUUCAAUGAAGCUCGUCGUAUGGAACCAUGGCAGCUAUCUGGAAUGGACUUCUACUCGACAGUAUUAUGGCAAGUCCAAGCUGAUCAGGAAUUAUCACAAUUAGCUCAUGAUUUAUUAGAACUUGAUCGUAAUGCUCCUGAACCUUGGUGUGUAGCAGGCAAUUGUUUCUCUUUGCAAGGUGAACAUGAAGCGGCUAUUAAAUUCUUCCGUCGUGCUCUUCAGGUAAAUAGUUUUUUUCGACUCAGUGUACAAUACUACUUUAUCAUUUCCCUCUAUGCCUUUCCCACAUAGCUUAUAAAAAUAGCCAGUAACUUCAUGUUGUACUACAUUUCUUUUGUAUUUUGUAUUUUUUUUCUGUUUCAGUGGAUGAAAACAAUAAAUAGCUAUAACUUAAAAGUAAUGAGUUUCCCGUCACAUUUUAGGUGACUGUGGUCUUCAUCAUUGUGAGCCAUUAGUAUCUUUUGAGCAUUCUCAAGACCACAACUCAAUUCAUAUCUUUCGUGUAUGUUUACUGAUUUUAUUCAUUGGGUUUGUUUCUGAUUACAUGAAAACGUUACAGUUAUGGUAUUAAACAUACAGAGCCAAACAGUGAAAACUGGAAAGGCUUCUUUUCAAACAACCUGUAUACAUGAAUUUGGGAAAAUGAAAUUUAUGUUGUGAGGAUAAUAUUUCAUAUACUACAUACAGCGAUUCCUUGACAUUAUAUCUGUUUCGGUUUAAGAACAUAAGUUGUAUUGUAACUAUACUGGUUAGUCCUCAAGAAAUCUAUUCGUUCUUAAUUAAUGAAAUUAAGCAGUUAAAUCACAUUAAGCAUUUCUAGAUUUACCUUUUAUAUUAUCAAUCUUUACCGGGUUACUUACAGGCUCGUCAGUUUACUUAAUUCUUUUUACUGAUGCUCGGGACUUUAAAUGAUUGUCCUGUCGUUUAUGCUUUCGUUUUCUAGGUUUCACCUACGAGUGCUUAUGCUUGGACACUUUUGGGUCAUGAACAGUCAACUCUAGAAGAGUUUGAUCGAGCACUAGCAGCUUUCCAGUUCGCCUUAAGAAUUGAUCCAAGACAUUAUAAUGCUUUGUUCGGCAUCAGUAAUGUUUAUUACAAACAAGAAAAGUUCGAUCUUGCCGAAAAUUACUUGGUUCGCGCAGUUGCACUUUUCCCUCAGUCGCAUUUACUUUUGACUCAUCUUGCAGCUUUACGCAGUCGACUAGGUAGACUUGAUGAUGGGUAUGGAAGUGCAAUGGAUUUGAUUAGUCGUGCUUGUAAAAUUCAACCCAACAAUCCACUAGCUCGGUACCACAAAGCAUCUAUUUUAUAUCACCUUGGACGUUAUUCUGAAGUAUUAUCGGAGCUUCAAAAACUUUUGGUUUUAACUCCACGUGAGGCUAUGGUUUACUUGAUGAUUGGACACACCUACAAAAAACUGGGAAAUACACCACAAGCAAUGAUUCAUUACUCAUGGGCUAUGGAGCUUGAUCCUAAGGGUGCUAACAGUCAUCUGAGAGAUAUAAUGACCAACCCACCAAUUUCAAGUCGCGGGAUGAAUCGACAAGACACUUCCGAGUCAGGGGGUUGCGUGGGGGGCCAAAACACCGGCAACUCGGCCAGACCACAUUUCAGCUCAUUUCAACUUGGUUUUUGUGCUAACUUCGAAGAAGAGGAUGGUAAUGAGAUCAUUGACCGAGCUUCAGGAGCAGAUGAAGAAAUGGUAAACAGUUUGCUUCAUCCAUCACAAAGUGUGACUCGUUCAAACUUAGUUCGCCGACUGACUGAUUUCUCGUUACUGUAUGAAAUGGAAGGAUAUGAACAGGACCCUGUAAUAUCUGAUGCAGAUGAGGAGCACUACGAUACGAUGGAUUUGAGUGGUGGAGUUGAUAGUAGAACUGAGCGCAGCGUACCAGACGACUGAAGCAACUACCUUCGUCUUCUCUUAUGUGAUAUUGAUGAAACACCACUUUUUAUUUCCAUCCCUUAAUUUUGGUCAGUCUUAUUUACUUUCAUAUAAAACAUAUACAGGUUUCGACUCAAAGCCCGACGUGUAUAAAGUUUUAUUGCACAUGUGUUGUAUCGAAUUUUCAUAUAAAUAUAUGAUCAUUACAAAACUAAAAGCAGUUGUA